UCUCGUACAAGCGCAAAAUCGGCUUGAGCGGGUUUCAAUUGACAAUAAAUUGGGAUGCAAUUGCUGUUCCCUGCUUGCCUUAGACUUGAAAAAGGUUUUCGAUGCCUUUGUCGUAUCAUACACCACAUUAUCUGUUGUUGAACUUUAUGACAUCAACUUCUUCUUGUCAUUUCCAUUCCGACAAUUAUCCAAGUGCAAAAACUUGAGUGUAUUGGAAAUCACGAGAUGUUAUAAUUUCGGUCCAGAUAUAACAUUAGAUAACGAUAUGGAUCCAACGUCUUUCACGCAUUUAAGAAAAAUUUCCAUCUUUUAUUCUGAGAUGCCACCGAAAAUCCUUCAAAUUUUACUAACUCAAGCUGGACAUUCUUUGCGUCAAUUGAAACUGGUAGAAAGCGAGUCCACGGAAAAUCACUUCCCCGAAAUCGUUCAAUCUUGUACCACCUACAAUUCGAACGUCACUCAUGUUCUAGUACCCAUUCACCCAGGAGAAAUUUCGUUACUCCCAUCAUUUCUUAACUCGUGCGUAAGACUUGAACAUUUCGAAAUCUGGUAUAAGAAUUCUCACGAAUUUGAUCUCGAGGAAGUUUUACCUGAUAUUGGAAUGUCAUUACCACCAAAUUUAAAAAUAUUCAACGUAAAUAUGAAUUGGCUAUUUACACCCGAAUCUUUCGGGGA